AUGGGUACAACAACAGCUAACAUUAACAACAAUAAUCUACUGAAUGACAUUCUGCGCUCCGCCGAUAAGCAUCCCAAUUCAAAAGUAUCCAAGCUAAUACGUACCGUAGAAGAGGAGCCAUCACAAAAGAAUAUUGUAUUGCUAUUAAUUGAAUUAUCCGAACAUGCAGAAUAUUCAACAGAUUUCAAUAUUUCUCUAAGAUAUUAUUUGGAUUUGUUUGAACGUCUAGGGAUUGAUCGUGAUCUAGUUCUUAAUGAAGCCGGUCUUUUAUUGGUUAAUUCAUCAAAGAUUUAUUCGAAGCGUGUUGAUUACGUUCAGAGUUUGGUGGAGCGUCAAAUAUUAACAUUAUCGAAUGCUGAUCAGGAAAUACAACAACAAAGGGAACAGUAAGUACAAAAAAUUGUUGGUGGUCUUUAGUGUAAACCCAAACGUGGUCGUAAACGAGCUCUCGAUGCACCCACCGAUCCAUAUGAAGUACAAUUGGAACCAAAAAAAUUCAAAAAGAUGAGCGAAGAGAAACGUUUUGCACCACCAAAAACCCCCACAAAAUUGAAAUCCCUACCGCGUAACAUUGAAAUGGAACAACAAAUACACCCGGCCGGUUGGUUGCAUGCAACAAUUUAUGAUUUGGAAAAUGAAGAAGAAGUCGAUACGAAAAGGAAUUACAAACUCUUUACAUAUCACAUUGAACAUCGUUAUAACACCCUUGUGCCCGACAUUAAUUUCCGUUUACAUUUCAAAGUUAAAGAUUAUCUCGAUGCUCAGGCGGAAGAAGAAACGACGGAUGAUAUGGAUAGUGCGGAAUAUCAGAGGAAUCAAGAAUGGCCACCUCUCUCCGAAGAAUAUGUACAAAAAUAUAUUAAUUUAGAAAAUCGUGUUCUACAAUUGGAGAUUGAUCCUACGUGGAAGAGUCCAAAAAGGACCAAAAAUGCGCCGAAUUUGAAUAAAAGUGGAACGGAAGAAAUACCUGCCAGUAUGGAAAAUUCACUGCUGGAUUUGAUGAAUACAAGUAAUGGCGCUAUAAAUGAUGUUUCAAGUAUAAAUGAUUCCGGAGUUGGUUCAAGUAUCAUGGAAAGUACGGCAAAUUCAAGUCAUUUCGAAAACACCACCAUGAACACAAGCCAUGAAACUUCGCUCAAUAACAGUUCUUUGGCGGAAGGUGAAGGAGAUAAAACCGCAAAUGCAUCACAAUUACAGGAAAAUGAAUCAGGGCUAGGGGAAAGUUUAUUGGAUCAAACAAAUAAUUGUAAUGAAACAAUACCCGCUGGAGAGAAGUCUCAGGAAGAGAUAAAUACUGCGAUGGAUGAUGAAAACAAGAAAACAUUACCCCUGGAUGAAUCGGCAACGGAAGAAUCAGUGGCGACGGAUACAGCACCAACUACCAAUGACAACGGAGAUAGUGAAAAUCAAACAGAAAAAAAUAGUGGCGAAACGACAAUAAAUGAAAGCGGUGUACAGGGUACAAAUGAAGAAAUUACAAAUCCAGCGGAGGCUACAGAACAGUCAUCUAAUGAAGAACCUACGCUUACAUUGAGUAAUGGUGUUGAUGUUACAACAGAAGAUAAAGAUAAAAAUGAUUCGGCGGAAACGUCUGAUAAACAAACUUGUGCUGAGGAAACUAAUGAUAACACCGUUAUUAGUAUGGAAAAGGAAGCAAGUGAUGAACCCAAGUCAAAUGAAGGUGGCGGUGAAUUGGAAAAACAAGCUGAAGAAUCAACAACAGCCACAGAAACAGACAAAUCACAAGAAGCUUCAGUUGACAAUGCAACAAAAGAAAAAGAAGGUUUCAUUGAAUUGGAAGUUCAUGUAAUGAAUGACAAUGAAAAUGAGCCCUCUGAACGAUUGCAAAUACAAAUUCCCAAUACCGAUGAUGAAGGUGUACAUUUAUCUGAUGUAUACGAAGGUGACCUACACAUGUUAACACCGAAUGCAACAAAUAAAGAUGUAACCAUCCAUUUGAAUGAUGAACUGCGACAAGCUCUAGAAAUGCAAGAACAUUUCUCGCAAGAAACCUAUAAAGUACCUGUGAUAGAACAACCGAAAGAACAUCCAAUUGUUUGUAAUAUUUUCAAAUUGCCUCCAAAACUUCUAAGAAGAAAAGUACUCUUUAAAUUGGGACCUGAAAUGGAUUUAUAUUUGAAAGCGCGCUCACUGAAACCAUCAAGACCUCCUCCCAACCCCCGUGAAUAUAAAAUAAGCAAAAAUCAAUUGUUGGCAUUUUCACUCAACAACACCGAUAUGUCUGGCAUUUUAGACACACCACCGAAUAGUCCUGGUCACCAAUCGGAAUUUUUUGGAUUUACCGACGAUGAUGAUGAUGAAACCACAUGUGCAGAAUUUUAUGGUUUCACCGAGGAUGAACAACACAAAUUGGUGAUAAGUCCACAUCGUUUAAGUCGUGAUUCGGGUGUCGGUGUUGAGGCGUCAAUUUUAACGCCCGAAAAAGAAACGCUGACAACAAUUUUUGAAGAAAAUCCUCCCACCACAGAUGUAAAUAGUUGCAAAUUGAAUUUAAACAGUGCCUUAGAUAAAGAAUCAACCGAAGAUAUCUUAAAUGAUUUAUCCGAAUCGAUAAGAACAGCCUUAGAGGCUGAAAUACAAAGUGAUACAAUAGAAAAUAAUAGUAAUAAGGAAUCUGAGGAGGUUCAAAAAGAAGCACAAAAGAUUGGCGAGGGAAGUGAACAGCCAGCAUCUAUAGAGGAGUCAACGGAAGAAACUAAAACUCUUUAUGAAAAUGAAGGUGGAGAAAACUGUGCGGACAAUAGUUCAAAAGAAAAUGAAACAACAUCAAGUGACCAAGAAGCGGCACAAACGUCUUCCAUGGAGGAGGAAAAUAAAGGAAAUGUUGGUGGAGCAGAAAGUGAAUCAACACCUGCUACAGAAAAUCAAAUAGAAUCUUCAGAAACCAUUUGUGUUCCUGUAAUAGAAGUAAAAGAAUGGUCGAAUGUCGAUAGUGAAAAUAAUUCUAACGGCAUAGAACACGCUCCUAGUGGGACUGAAGGAAAUAAUGAAACAGAUUCUGCUAUUCCAGCUUUAGAGCCAACUAUUGUUGAUGAUAAUAGCCAGGAGGAUAAUGCCUUAUUGGAUUUGGAUUUACAGGGUACAAAAACAAAGAUUCAACAGUGGCAUGAACAUCUACGACCAAUUUUAGCCAAAUCAAGAGAGCGUCAUCAUUUCGAUGUUUUUCAAUUGGGUACCGAAAUCAUCGAGACAAUACAAACCACAAAUUGCACAAAUGAUGAACCAAAAUUCACCAACGCUAAGCCAGAGGCUAGUUUCGAUGAUAUUAUGGAAAAUAAGGAUAGAUCAUAUGUAUCACGAUAUUUCUUAUCCACACUAUUGUUGGCGAAUCAAAGUAAUGUUAAUAUUAUGGUUGAAAAUAAAUCGAGUGAAAGUCCUUCGGCAUGGUCGGAUAUUAAAUUGAAAUUGUUGAGUACAAAACGUCAUACAGUGGCCAUUGAAGAUAAUAUUGGUAUGAUAACAACAACAGCAACGUCAGCUAAUAAUAAACGUAAACAGACCGCUGCUGAAGAACAAGAACAAACGCAACAACAAAUAAAGAAAAAGAAAGUCAAAUCAAAACCACAAAGGAUUGAGGCGUCCGACAACGAUUAUGAUGAUGAGACGGACGAUGAACCUUUGGUUAGCCUGAAAUCAACACCUUCGAAACGACGUUCCAAAGAAUCUCCAAGUCGCCAACAAGAAAAGAAAUUCAAGGGUCUAACAUCAUCCCCAGCCACAGCCGCAACAUUUAUAACAACGGAUACAAGUACACCGCAAGCUACGAGACCUAAGGAAAUGCUAAUAAUUAGCCAGGAAAUUUUGUCACCCGUCACGGAAUUACCCAGUACCAGCGGACAGGCGGCGGCGCUGGCCGCCCAACAUCAAGUAAAUUUAAAUAAUAUUCGUGUUAAACUGCAACCCAUUGAGAAAAUACCCCAACAGGGAGAUGAUUAUGAUUCGGGUGUUUUCUCAUUGAGUGAAAGCUCAAUGUCAUGA